AUGGAAGCUCAGCAAUGUGCCGAAGAUAAUGGAGUGUAUGCAUUUCUGGAAACUUCCGCAAAGACUGGCAAAAAUGUUCACGAGGCUUUCAUUUCCGCUGCUCGGGGCAUUUUGGCGCGUAACCCCGGUUUGAAAAACGGUGAAUCCAUUCCAUCCGGUAUCGGUGCUUCUCAGCUGAGUUCGGGGCCAUCGGAUAUGAGAAAACUAUGUUGUUGA